UCCUAGAUCUGGUGAAUGUCAAUAAGGAUGGACCGGGUAAUGCAAAAAGGGAAAACAGCAAUGGUAGCCAACGAAAAGAUAGCAUUUCCUUACCAAGCAAAAAAAAUUUGGGUCCUGCUACUUUAUUAUCUAUUGCACGUACCUCAAAAAAACUUCAAAGUUUUUCCAAUUUUACCAAACAUUGUCUAAAUACACCUACUAUCUCAUCAUUCAUACAAACAACACAGAUCCAAACCUCCACAUCUUCAAUCACUACCACAAACAAUAACAAAUCUUCCAUCAAUCCCAAUUCAAAUUUAACCACUUCGACGAAUAAUUCUGCAUUAAUAACAUCUACUGAUAAACUGCAUCAAUCAUCGACGGUCGUAACCUCUUCACGGGCAAAACAGUGCUUUCAAUGUGGUGAAAAAACUACCAAUCGUAUCAAUACUAAUAAUAAUUCGGAUCAAUUACAGUCUUCUAGUAAACUAUUAUGUGGUGACUGUGGUGACUUGUUGAAUUCAUUUUUAUUUCCUUCCAAGAAUAUAAAUUUUCAAAAUUUUUGUGUGGACAAAAAUACUAUAACUAGUAACAGAAUUAAUCAUCACACCACUACCAUCGUUACGGGGAGCAUAGAAUAUAACAUUCAAAAGUGUAUUAAAAGUGGAAACAAAGAUAACGAAGUCUUACAAAUGGCAAUAUUUGAGAAUGAAUAUUAUUGGAAUCAUUAUUUAGAAAAAAAACGUAAGUCACCUGCUAGAUUAUGGGGAAACACAAAUAACCCGGAGGGUAGAGUUGAAGUGUUAGAUGGUCUUAUACCAUUAAAUAAACGAGCUAGAUGGUUGAAUCGAUCGAAUUAUAUGUAG